CAUUUUUGGAACGACAAUUACCAAAACAAUCUAACACUUUAGAGAGUUCCCCAGCAGUACCACAUAAACUGGGGCUUGUGAUAAGAUUCACUAGAUAAUACUGCUUGUAUUGUUCUGCAAGUGUAAGACUUAGGAUAUAGGACUCAAGAGUCAAUUAGAUCAGACUUUAACUGACUAUACAUAAAGCUAUGGCUACUCUUGGAGAAGAUAUCCCGUAUGUUGAGAGCAGCAUCAGUCAAUUCGGCACGUCAACGCUGAUCAGGAGCGGCUGGACUCCUGUGCGGGAGGAGCGAUCUAAACCAUCCCCUCCCUCCAUUCUCAACAUACCCAUGGCCAUACUUUCCUGUCUUCUAUGCCCCAUACUGGGGUUCCUGGCUGUACUCUAUUCAGUGGAGGCUCGAGUGAAAUACAACCAAGGCCGAUUCCUAGAGUCUGAGGCACUGUGCACACGAGCAAGAGGCACUGCUAUCUACUCUAUGGCUAUUGGAGUGGGGCUGCUGGUCAUCAUGGGACUGCUGCUAGGACUAGGGGCGAGAUUCAACUGGUACUAGCUGCAAUGGACCCACAUCAAUCAUUCACAUGCAGCCACUCACACUCACAUCGUUUUUAGCAUUGAACACACUAGCAUUUUGUUAUUAAACACACUAGCAUUUUUGAAGCAUAACUAUGCAUUCAGUACAAAAGGACAUAAUUAUGCAUACAAGCAGAUGCUGGUCACAGUACUUAUCUAUUGUGUAAUAGAUGCUAUUUUUGCAAGGGCUCAUUUAGCAAUGGA